AUGCCCAAGCAGGAAUCCCAAAAGAAGAAGCUGACGAGAUUUCCGAUAUCAAGGUUGAAGAGGAUAAUGCAGUUGAACGAGGACAUAGGGAAGAUAGGUGCCUCUGUGCCUGUUGUUGCGAGCAAGGCCAUUGAAAUGUUUCUCACAGAAAUAGUAGGGCUUACACUUAAGGAGGCCCGGAAAAAGAGCUCCUCAAGGAUGUCGUCUGAGUUUAUUAUCAGAGCUACGGAGUCUGACCCGAAGUUUGCGUUUCUCAAGAACAUGGAGCAAUUCAAAAACAGAGAGUAG